GCGGGAAAGGGAUCGGGGCAAAAGGCAAAAGGAUAAGCAUUUUUGCUGAAAAAUUACAUAGCUACAGCGACUAAACUAAUUGAAGUGUUUUUGAUGUGUGAUUAAAAAACAAUUUGGAGACCACAAAUCACAUGAUGAAUGGGUCACGAAUAUGUCGGAUUUUACUUUAUUUUUUGUUUUUUCGAGCCACGCUUUGUCAGCGGAGUUAUUUCGAUCCGAAAAUAAACAUUACAGAGAUGUUUAUGAUGGGCGACGAUGUCAAUAAUGGCUUCAAUAUGAACGACGACCAAAUUGUAAAGUUCAUCAAGCCUCUCGACAGGGGGCCCUACUUCGAUACAUCAGCCACCAAGAAUGUGACAUCAUUGGUGGGUAAAACGGGGCAUCUCAACUGUCGUGUCAGGAAUCUGGGCAAUAAAACGGUAUCCUGGAUACGGCACAGGGACCUUCAUCUUUUGACUGUGGCUGAGAGCACGUACACAUCGGACCAAAGAUUCACUUCAAUCUACAAUAAGCAAACUGGCGAUUGGUCUUUGCAGAUCAAAUUUCCCCAAUUAAGAGAUUCGGGAGUUUACGAGUGUCAAGUUUCAACGACACCUCCCGUUGGCUAUACAAUGAUAUUUUCAGUUGUUGAGCCCAUCACAAGUAUUCCGGGAGGUCCCGAGCUGUACAUUGAUUUGGGCUCCACAGUUAACCUCACUUGUAUUGUGAAGCAUCUUCCGGAUCCACCGCUAAUGGUGCAUUGGACCCACAAUAAUCAGGCGAGUACAAAUACUAUAUACUACUCCUAUAUACUACAAUAUAAAUGUGAAUAUCUUUUGCAGGAGAUAAACUACGAUUCACCUCGAGGUGGAGUAUCAGUUAUUACCGAGAAGGGUGAUAUAACCACAUCAUAUCUGUUAAUACAACGCGCCCAAAUAUCCGACUCUGGCAGAUAUUCCUGCAUGCCAUCGAAUGCAAAUGCCAAAUCGGUUAAUGUCCACAUUUUAAAUGGAGACCACCCGGCCGCGGUUCAAGGAGCCAACUCGUUUGUCGGGCUUAGUUUAAAUGCGCUAGUUUUUAUAAUGGUUUUUGCACAUGUAUAAGAUUAUUAAAUAAUUAUAAACGUAAUUUUAUUGUAAAUAUAUAAAUACAAGGUACUUACUUUACAUUUAUAGUUUACAAACAAUAAUAAAUUAGAUUUUAAACAA